ACCAUGAAUACGUUCGUUACAUUCUGCGUUGUGAUGGCUAUCUCCUACGCCAUGGCGGUACCCAUUAGUCCUGAGCAGGCCAGACGCAAUCUUCCAGCUUUGAAGCAUGAAGAGAUCCGCGACAACUAUGGCCAGUACGCUUUUCGUUUCGUCACCGCUGAGGGUACUAUAGUAUCUGAGCGUGGUUACCUUGUACCUAAUGCUGAGGGUAGUGGCUACGUUCUCGCGGUUGAAGGCCAAACUACUUACAUCGGCGAUGACGGCAAGCCCAUUACGACCACGUACAAGGCUGGCCCGAACGGCUCUGUCAUGCAGGGAGCCCAUCUGCCCAUCUCUCCGGAAACUGUCCUAGCUCAGUGAUUCUUCAACGAUUUACAUUAAAUAUAUGAAUUGGCAUUAAAAGAUGUAUAUGUUUUUUGUUUAACAUAUUGAGUGAUCUUGAGUAUGGUAUCCUCAACUAGUACUUCCAUAUG